AAUUCUUGGCCUGCACCUCGCAUUUUUUAUUAUCUAUUUAUGGGUAUGUGCAUAUAGUGGGUUUUGAGAUGUAAAGGGAGAGGAGAGGAAUUAAAAAGGGAUAAUAUGGAUAGGAAUGCGCGGCAGUGAAUCAUAGAAAUAGAAAUAGAAAUUGGAAUUGAAGCCAUGAGCGUCAACAUGGUGGCAGUGGCGUCCAUGGCCACUCCAUCCAUCACCAUCAGCUUCACUAAUUCCAAAUCACUUCCUCUUUCCUCUUCUUCUUCUUCUUCUUCACUUCCCAGCUGCUGGCCUUCUUCUAAUUCAACUCUUCGUCGUCAUCCUUCUUCUUGUGCCCUCACUCUUCGUUGCGGCGCCGCCGUCUUUGCCUCUUCCUCUUCCCCUUUCACUUCCCCCAAUUCCAAUUCAAGUUCCGUGAUUGUGGCCGCGCUUGGAAUCGAUGCACAGCCUGAGCGUGAUUACGAGCCUCUUCAGGUUAUGAUUUCGGGUGCUCCUGCUUCCGGAAAAGGCACUCAAUGCGAGCUUAUCAAACACAAGUACGGUUUAGUGCACGUUGCUGCUGGUGAUUUGCUUAGGGCUGAGAUCGCCACUGGCAGUGAUAAUGGAAAGCUUGCUAAACAGUAUAUGGAGAAAGGUCAACUUGUUCCCGAUCAUAUUGUUGUCAUGAUGGUGAAAGAUCGUCUCUUGAAGCCUGAUGCUAAGGACAAUGGUUGGCUUCUCGAUGGAUAUCCGCGGAGCUUGUCUCAGGCUACUGCCCUCAAAGGAUUCGGCUUCCAACCUGAUAUCUUCAUUCUUCUCGAGGUUUCUGAAGAUAUUCUUGUCGAGAGAGUAGUAGGGCGGAGAUUAGAUCCUGUUACUGGAAAGAUAUAUCACUUGAAGUAUUCUCCUCCAGAGACAGAAGAAAUUGCAGCACGGCUUACCCAGCGUUUUAUUAACGGAAAUGUCUCCAAGGAGGAAGUAUUUGCUCAAAUUGACAGUGCACUUACUAGUCUUUUGGAACAAAGGAAGGCUGCAUCAGGAUCUGUGGCCGCUUAGAUUAGCAUCUUUUGACAUUUUGAUCUAUCCUGACGUCCUGCUCUUG